GACAUCUACCGACUGAAAAGAGUUCGUAAUAAUAUGGCUGUUAAAAAAAGUCGAGAAAAAAGUCGUCAGAAAACUAAAGAAACGCAGGACAAGAUGACAAUAUUGAGAGAAGAAAAUGAUGAACUGGAAAAGAGGAUUGAUGAUUUAUCUCAGGAAUUAGCAACCCUGAAAAAAGAAUUACUUAGGCGCGUGUCAAACGAC